UGGAUGUGAUUCAUGUAAAUCAGGUUUUGCUGGUACCUUUUGCAUGGAAUGUGUAGCUGGAUAUUAUGGAGCAAACUGCAACAUAAGUUGUUCUAGCGGAUGCAGAGGUGACAGUUGUAUGAAAAAUGGAGUAUGCAUUGAAUGCAUAACUGGAUAUUAUGGCGAACAAUGCAAAGACAUGUGUUCUAAGGGUUGUAGUGGUGAAGUUUGUUAUAGAAAUGGGACAUGUGCUUGUACGGAUAAUUUUAGAGGUACAUAUUGUGACGAAUGUGUUGUAGGGAAAUAUGGCGAAAAUUGUCAAAAUGAAUGCAGUUUUGGUUGUUCUAUAUUGUCUUGCGGCAAAGAAGACGGAUCAUGCCUUGAUGGAUGUAAAGAUGGACUCUAUGGCAUCAAUUGUUCUCAGAAAUGUACUGAUAUUGACAGUAAGUGUUUGAAAUGUAGCCAGCUUGGUGGGACGUGUUUGAUGUGUAACAAAGGAUUUUACCGGAAUGAAACAGGAACUUGCACCACUUGCAAUAGUAACUGUAAUAAUGGAGAGUGUAAUCCUGAAACAGGCAAAUGUAUAAAUGGCUGUGCAGAACGCUUUUGGGGAGACAAGUGUGACUUCAAUUGUAGUUCAAAGUGUGAAACGUGUCAGCAAGAUUCAGGAAUUUGUUAUUCGUGUACAGAUUUUACUGUUCAUGGACUGUAUUGUAAUACAUCAUGCAGCAGUCUGUGCUUUGAACGCAAAUGCGAACUAAAGACUGGCUUUUGUUCCCUUGGUUGCUCGGGAGACUUCUUCGGACAUCUAUGUAACACCAAAUGCCCUGAAAAUUGUCUUCGAAGUGGUGCAGAAAUGAGCUGUGAUAAUAAUGGUCGCUGUAACAAUGGUUGCAUCGAUGGUUUUGAAGAAACUGACUGUACAGUAGCAGCGCUGCCAGUGGGCCCGCCAGUAGGUGCUAUUGUGGGGGGUCUAAUUGGCUGUCUUGUAGUCAUCAUUGGUGUUGUUGUUGCAAUACUCUUCUUUCGACGAAGAUCUAUUCGCCUACCUUUCUCGGAUAAAAGCAAUAGAAAUAGUCAUACAAUAAUCCAAGCUAACAUUACGGACGAAAAUGAAUUACCACUAGCAAAUGAACGGACAUAUUACAACGAAGGACAGAUCAUGAGAGAAUCUAAAAAAACAAACCAAACUGGUACCCGGCCGCUAGCAAGAAUGCCAGUUUCCGUCAAGCAGCAUGAAUCUGCACGUGUGGUAACUGCAUCCGAAAACGAGAUUGACCUGGAGAUAGAUGACGAAAAAAAUACGGGUCUUGACAAGUCUUCCAAAGACAAUCAGACGUACUAUAAUGAACUUGGCUCAUCAACUAAGAAGUCAAAGAUACCCAUUGAUCAACUCGUCAAGUAUGUGGAUGGAAAGAGUCCUGAGGCGUAUAGUGAAGAAUUUGAGAACUUUUCUCGCGGUCUAGUGAAGCCAUAUGUGGAAUCUCAGAAGAAGGAGAACAUGAGUAAGAAUCGAUACAAAGGCAUUUAUCCAUAUGAUGACUCGAGGGUAAAGGUUAGAGGUAGUGGCAGUUCCGACUACAUAAACGCAAGCUUUAUUAAUGGUUAUAAAAAGCCGAAGCAGUAUAUCGCCACAUUAGGUCCGAUGUCCAAUCAAUUAGGGGAUUUUAGCUUAUUUUGGAGAAUGAUUUGGCAACAGAGGGUUGAGAAGAUUGUUAUGGUUACCAACAUGGUUGAGCACAGUUCUCCUAAAUGCGAGCAGUACUGGCCGAACCCUGGCACAACUAAGAAGUAUGGUGAUAUAAUGGUGGAGAACCGCUCGGAGGAUGAGUUUGCCGAGUUUACUAGAAGGACGUUCACAGUGACCCUGGGUACCGAAGCAAGGACGUUGCACCAUUUGCACUUCACGUGUUGGCCUGACAAAGCGAUACCCGACGAUGUUACUGCGAUGAUAGAGUUCCGACAACGGGUUCUCAGUACUCAGAGUCCACUAAAUGGACCUACGGUUGUGCAUUGCAGCGCUGGCGUCGGACGAACAGGCACAUAUAUUGCCUUGGACAUCUUGACAAAAGAAGGUGAGGCUGAAGGAGCCAUUGACAUUGCGGGAUGUGUCACCAAAAUGCGCAAGAAUAGGCCAAAUAUGGUUCAGACAUUGGGGCAGUAUCAGUUUCUACACACCGCCGCGGUUUAUUCACUUACUUUCGACAGCAAACAAAUCAGGGGAGAGAACUUCAACCAGUACAUGAACAAAGUCACUACACAAGAACUGAACAGUCUGUUUACGCAACUGCAGCACACGGUCGAGAAACGAUCAAAAGAUGAAGCAGAAGCGGUUGAACGAAAUAAACAGCACCUGAAUAAAAACAGAGCAAAUGCUGAUAUCCCGGGAAACGAAAACAGACCCCGACUUCAUCUGAAUUUAAAACCAGGAGCUUCAGACUAUAUCAAUGCUGUUUAUAUUCAUAGCUUCAGAAUCAAAAAACGUUACCUGGUAGCGCAGACUCCACUUUCAGAGACAAUCAUUGACUUUUUGACGCUUGUUGUCCAAGAGAGCUGUUCGUGUAUCGUCAGUUUCGAAGCUAAUAUGGACAAACAAAAGAAUAUUGGAAUGUAUUACCCUGCGGCAAACCAAGACAUUUUAAAGAAGGGAACGUUUCAAGUCAGCAGCUCAAGGGAGGAAAAUAGAACAUUCUACACAGAACGAACAUUGACAAUACAGCACAAAGAGGCAGGAAAUAGCACAGAUCGAUCCAUUCAACAUCUUCAAUAUACUGACUGGGAUGAGAUGAAGAAUAUUCCAAGAUCAACAACAAACUUUCUGUCAUUUCUGAACGUGAUAGAGAAAGUCGUGAAACAGCAAGAUGACGGACCGAUUCUGGUCCAUUGUUUUGAUGGUGCGGGCAAAAGCGGCCUGUUCUGCGUGGUGUCGUUGCUUCUCACCAAAAUGGCCGUGGAACAUGAAGUCAGUGUACUCAACGCUGUAAGGAAAAUAAAAACCACACGGCGGCUAGCGAUCCCCAAUCAGGAACAAUUUGUGUUCUGUCAUGGCUGCGUAUCGGAGUAUCUUCGUUCGUUCGAAGUGUACGCAAACUUUCAUGAAGAAACUUGAAAAUUUUAACUUGUUGUCCAGACGGCUGAUGAAUGUAAAACUGGUGAUAAAUUUGAAUACAAACAAUGCAUAUAAGUAUGUUGUGCAUACAAAAAUACAAGUAUCUACUAAAUAACUAAUAUGCAAUUAUUUGCAAGAUAUCAAAUGUGAAUAAAACUGUAUUUAAUCCAAUAUUGUACAUGUAUUAAUGAAAUCGGAAUGGAUUUUUUUAUCAACAAUUUUUAUUAUCUAACGUUUAAAACAGCCUGUAUGUAGGUGUAUAAGGUUUAUCUUUGUAAGUGUGUUAUUAUAUAAACAAAAUAUGAGCAGUAAAAUGUGGACAUUUACAUAACAUAUAGCUGAAAUGCAAUUGUUGCUAGCUGUCAUCAACAUAAACCUUCUAUUAAUUAUGUGUCUAUAUACAUAUUGUGACAUAUAAUUAACGGUAAAUAUUUAAUACAAAUAUGUCAUAACAAAUUGGUAUAAUUUAGAUAUAUCCUUGCAUAGUUCAUGAACAUGU